CUAAAUGUACUGAAAAGAAACACCAGUUUAAUUAAUUAUACUUCCCUCAUAUAUAACUAUCAACCAAGUACAAAACUUUUGUCAAUUCUCAAAAUCAACUUUCACCACAUAAUUAUCUAACAUGUGUAUGUUCCAAAACCAGUUUAAAUAGAAUUACUUUUCAGAAAAUACAUGUAUAUUAACUCUAUCUAAUAAAGAAGAAACACAUACUUAUCUCAUAGAUUCCAUUCAUAAAACUAUGCUUUAGUGAGUAAGAAAACCAGUAAUCAAACACAAAUUGACAAGACACUAUAUGGAUGUAAAAAGUGGGGAAAAAUGGUGAUAAAUAGUAGAGAAAAUUAAAAAGAAAAAAAAUAUUCCUUUAUAAAUGUAUAUACCCAUCUCUUCACCAGCACAACCUUACCUUCCAUUUUCUGCAACUUCUCCAAAUCUCAUACUUUCCAGAAAAUCAUUUUCCCAAGAAAAAUAAAACUUUCCCCUUUGUUCUUCUCCCCCCAACAGGUCAGGCUAGUAUUUUGUUGUUCCCCAAUCCUUUCAAACAUUAUCUUCUUCAUAAUAUUACUUUGCUUCACUUCUUUUGGUCCUUAAACCAAAUUUUUGUUCUUCUUUAGUUUCCUUUUUUCCCGUUUUGAUUUGAUUCUUUUUAUGUUAUUUAGAGAGAAACAAGAUUCACAAAUUCUCUGAUCUUCUUUAACUCUUUAAAACUUUUCUUUUUCACACUCUAGAUUUAAAUUAUCCCUAUGGUUACAAAACAAUUUUGUUCUUAGUUUAUAACUUGUGUAUUACCAUCCUUUCUUGAUUAACUCUUGUUAGGAGAAUAUGAAUCAAUCACGGCGUACCAAUCGGAGCUAGGAGGAGAUUCCUCUCCCUUGAGGAAAUCUGGGAGAGGAAAGAUCGAAAUCAAACGGAUCGAGAACACAACGAAUCGUCAAGUCACUUUUUGCAAACGUAGAAAUGGUUUGCUCAAGAAAGCUUACGAGCUCUCUGUUCUUUGUGAUGCUGAAGUCGCACUCAUCGUCUUCUCUAGCCGUGGUCGUCUCUAUGAGUACUCUAACAACAGGUUUCGUAUUAGAAUCACUUAACUGUGCAAGUGGUCGAUUUGACCCUAUCAAUUUUAUUUUUUAUUACUUAUCAAAAUGCAGAUUUAAGCGGACUAUUGAGAGGUACAAGAAGGCAAUAUCGGACAAUUCUAACACCGGAUCGGUGGCAGAAAUUAAUGCACAGUAUUAUCAACAAGAAUCAGCCAAAUUGCGUCAACAAAUAAUCAGCAUACAAAACUCCAACAGGCAAUUGAUGGGUGAGACGAUAGGGUCAAUGUCUCCCAAAGAGCUCAGGAACUUGGAAGGCAGAUUAGAGAGAAGUAUUACCCGAAUCCGAUCCAAGAAGAAUGAGCUCUUAUUUUCUGAAAUCGACUACAUGCAGAAAAGAGAAGUUGAUUUGCAUAACGAUAACCAGAUUCUUCGUGCAAAGAUAGCUGAAAAUGAGAGGAACAAUCCGAGUAUAAGUCUAAUGCCAGGAGGAUCUAACUACGAGCAGCUUAUGCCACCACCUCAAACGCAAUCUCAACCGUUUGAUUCACGGAAUUAUUUCCAAGUCGCGGCAUUGCAACCUAACAAUCACCAUUACUCAUCCGCGGGUCGCCAAGACCAAACCGCUCUCCAGUUAGUGUAAUAUAGGCUGAAGGAAAUGGCCGGGAGUGAAUAAAAACCAGAAUUGGGUUGAGCAAGCAAUAUAAAGCUAAUGCAUGUUAUAUAUAUAUUUAUCCCAUGAAUGUUGUAUCAGUGAAUUUUAUGCUUAUGUUGAUGUGAAAUUAAUAUCUUAAAGACAUGUCAUUAAUGUGCUUAAUUUGCUUCAAAACAUCUAUGUGUAUAAGUGUACUAUUAGUUCAAUUGUUGUAUUUAAUUACCAAUUCCUGCUCUAUUAAUGAUUUUAUUAUAG